AUGCCAUGUAUUUCCAGUGGAAUGGUAGUGGUUGGUUUCUUUCCUGGCUUAGCUGCUAGUGGCCUUGGCCUUGGACCCACGCUGCACGGCAGGAUACCUUACGCAGCUUGGUUUCCACCCGGCAGUGACCUGGCCGACAUAACAUGCCCUGUGUGGAGUGGCAUGCACAAGGACUCUGACCAUGCGAUUGCGUUGCGAUGGCAAGCUUGCUUUUCUAGGUCCAUGGACGUUAAGCCUGCCCAAGCUGCGGAGUUCUGUGUUCUGUGCUGCGCUUUCACCUGCUUUGCGGACGCGCCGCUAGAAGGGGUAUCAAGGGCCGAAGUGCAGAAGGCCUACGACGCCAUUUUCUCGCUGCCCUUCUUCGCUGCGCUGCCAGAGGCGAAGUUGUUCCCAGCAGUGAAACGCUGGGCGCUGGAGUCCAUGGACACGCCACCCGACGUGUCGCCACUGGCGCUGGGUGCGCAGCGGGAGCUCUCUGCACGACAGUGCAGGGGGUUGCUGGCCAAUGCCAUGCUCGGCAACUUGCAGGACCUCAUGUCAGACAGCAAGCGCCACCAGGGCGGAUUGGACUUCUGGCGGCACGUCCGCACCGCCUCCUUGGAAGCGCCCGGCUGUGGUGUGGCGGCCCACAAGCAGGCAUCCCUUCUCCUGUAUUUUGCUGAAGCAAUGCGCGAAGAUGGGGGCGAGGACGAGCGCGUGGUGUGCUUCCACCGCCUGAAAUGUCCGGACGUUGCAGAGAUUCAGAUGAUGCUUUCCACAAACGCAGAGCCAGUAAUGAAAGCUGAAGCUGAAGGUGCUGCACAGGUCCAGCUGCAUGAAGCUGCCAUGGAGGAUGCAAUCCAUCUAGAUAGAACCUGUCGGGCCUUCGUGAACUUCGCCAAUGCCGAGUUUGGGUAUGGGUGCUUCAUCUCAUCAGCGACCCAGGAAGAAAUUCUGCAGAUGUGCUGCCCGGAAUUCAACGUGGGCCUUCUGUUUUUGGGGCGGAUGGCUGACAAUGAGGUCGUCAACGUGCAUGGCUGCCGACGCUAUACUAGCUACUCGGGCUAUUUGGACACGUAUCGAUGCACAGGCCUGCUGCAAGCAAGCAGCCACCAGGAAGCGCCUGUCAUCCACGACAUUUUGACCAUAGACGCUUGCAUGCAUCGGCACUUCGAAGAGCAGGAGCAGCUGCGUGACAUAAGGAAGGCCUUCACCGCCUUCCAGGCGUAUUCUACAAUGCGCGGUCGAGAGGCUGAUGGCCAGGUGCCGGCAAUAGCCACUGGCCGUUGGGGCUGCGGUGCUUUCGGCGGACUGCCAGCACACAAAUUCGUGCAGCAAGUGCUGGCUGGACGCCUUGCAGACGUCCGACUCUGUUUCUCCACUUUCGGGGAGCCUGCAGGCUGUGACAGGAUGCUUGACCUUCUGCAGCAGGAACCUCGCGUCAGUGUGAUGCGCACUUGGGAUGUACUGCGCCGGCAAAAGCGAGGAGGUUUUGAAGACACCUUUCGUGCAGGGCUGGCUGCUGGAUCACUACGAGCAGGCGCAGGCUACGAGAUCCCAGAAGAAGUUGAUCUGGAUGUGUAG